AUGAAGUCAACAACGCUAUUACUACCGUUCUACACUGCUGCCCUCGCGGCAGCUGUUUCAUCGCCUCAAGAUCAUCAAGCUGUGCUCCAGGACCAGCAGCAGGUCACUAUCGCCGAGCCAGAUGAGUAUCUCAUCGAGCUCUCACCCGGCGAGACGCGCUGGGUGACUGAGAACGAAAAGUGGGAGUUGCGCAAACAAAACAUCAACUUCUUCGACAUCACGCACAACAAAGAGCUCGGCACGCUGAACCGCAAGGUCUCUGCCGAGAGCGUCAAGUUCCCCGAGAAGCCCAUCCACCAAAAGGCCAUCGACCCGCUCCUCAAGGAGCUGAAAAAGGAAAACAUGCGUGCCCACCUGGAAACCUUCACCUCGUUCCACACGCGCUACUACAAGUCGCACUACGGGGCCGAAAGCUCAGCCUGGCUGCUAAGCCAAGUCAACAAAACCCUCGUCGACGCCAGCGCCAUCAACGCAACCGUAAAACCGUUCCCCCACCCCUGGGGCCAAUCCUCCAUCAUCGCCACAAUUCCGGGAAAAAGCGAUAAGACGAUCGUCAUCGGCGCGCACCAAGACAGCAUAAACCUGUACUUCCCCGCCUUCCUCGCUGCACCGGGCGCCGACGAUGAUGGCAGCGGCACCGUCACCAUCCUCGAGGCCCUCCGCGUGCUCCUGCAAUCCCCUGAGAUCCUAGCGGGAGAAGCAGAAAACACGAUAGAAUUCCACUGGUACUCUGCCGAGGAAGGCGGCCUGCUAGGCUCCCAAGCAAUCUUCCAAUCCUAUGAGCACGCAGACCGCAACGUAAAAGCCAUGCUGCAGCAAGACAUGACCGGCUACGUGCAAAAGACGCUCGACGCAGGCGAACCCGAGUCCGUAGGCGUCAUCACGGACUUUGUGGACCCCGGCUUGACCGACUUUAUCAAGAAAAUCAUUACCACGUACUGCGGUAUCCCGUACGUCCUAACGAAAUGCGGCUAUGCAUGCUCGGAUCACGCCAGUGCAUCAAAGGCAGGCUACCCCUCUGCAUUUGUAAUCGAGUCGGAUUUCAAGUAUAGUGAUAAUAAAAUCCAUACGACUGAGGAUAGGAUUGAGUAUCUUAGCUUUGAUCAUAUGCUCCAGCAUGCGAGGAUGACGCUUGCGCUCGCGUAUGAGUUGGCUUUUGCAUCGUUUUAA